CCUGUCCAAGAAUUCUUCUCGGUCGAUGAGGUUUCCUCUCCGCAGUACUUCUACUUGUGCUUUGUGUAGCAAACCGCCGUUAUCUCAAACCGACAUCGCCCAACAUGAAGUUGACAGGACUCGUUACUCUUGCCAUACUGGCCACCUCUGCAUCGGCACGGAAACUCAAGAAGAAAGUCUGGCAAUCGCAGAACCACGGAGCAAACUCCACAGAGCUCAUCAAAUGCGUUGACCAGAUACGAGCAGACCUAGAGCAAAAUCCGCAGAAGAAUCGUAUCACAGGCUAUGAGUGCGGAAGCAGCUGGUGGCAGUACGGCAACACCCUUCUCGAUUUCGACAUGAGUCAUUAUCCGAGCUUGGCGGGGUUCCAGACAUGCGAGGACUCUCUUGUCGAAGCGGCACAUACCGCUACGAGUUGGUUCCAGUGCAGGGUGCAUAAAAGCCGGUUAAGUAUGAUUUACAGACAUGUCGCAUACUCGCCUCUCGGCUACGAAGCGUGCUUCGAUAAGCAUGUGCCGUGCGAGCCCGACAGCAAGAAAGUCUACGAUGGUUGA